AAGAUCGCUAAGCUACCACCUUGAAGUUUUGGGACAUUGAAUAAAAUCGUCGACUAAGAGUUUAAAACGCGUUUAAUCGAAAGAUGAUUGGAUUUGUACAGCUAACAGAGUUGAAUUGAAAGAAAUAAAAAUAAUUUUUCGGCAUAUGUGACAACAGCUGAUUUAGUCAACGAAUUUUUCCAAUGAACACAGGAAAAACUUCAGGGUGGUUAACCACUGUGUUGGAAUGGGAAGAGAGUGUUUCCGCAAGCCAAACAAGCAACAAACAAUUUGAUUCAUAAGGAGAAAAUUGCCCUAAAAUGUGAGAAAAAUUGCGUGGAAAGCAAGAAAAAGUAGUUGAAAGCAGUGCUAGAGUGCAUCCCAAAAGUGAAAGAUGUGAAAAAAGCGUGUGGGAGGAUGUCGGGACAAGUGGGAACAACACGGGUUCAGUUGAUGUGUACAAAAUUUGAGAAUUUACUCAAGGAACAGCACCAGAGUCGCCAGACAAUACCCAAAGUAUCACCACGGGGUGCCCAGAGGCCCCCGCUACAGCGUAGCGCCACAGCAUUUACCCUGCGGCGCGUGGAUAGUGGGGAAAAGUUGUCCGGAAGUGAGAGUGCGUCGAAGAGGAUAAAGCGAAGUCCGGCCUUCAGGGAGAAACUGCAGGCAAGAAGUAGAAUCUCAUCGUAUCCCGUACCCGGUGGGAGCCCAGAACGCCGUGUGGAGCACAGUGAUACAAUUCUGCGAGUACUGAAGCACCCACUGCCAAAGGGGCCACCACCCAAGAAGCCCCCGAGGGCAUUUGAGAGUUCACCUGGGGCACUACGGGAGUUUCCCAGUGCGCGACCGAAGAAUUCGCAGGCAGCUGAGCACAUCUACAUGGAACCAUUUGAGCAUCUACGGAGUCAUUCAGAGGGUACGGAAUCACCGUCAGCUGGGUCAACGGGCUCCACGAGUAGCAGCCGGGAAUUCCGGGAGUCACCAACAAAGCCAGAACUUCACUAUCUCUGCACCGAUGUGACGGGAAUGCGUGAUGAUGAGAGAUCAUUUGAGAAAAUCUACGAUCAAGUUGGAGAAAUCGUAACUGUGGCCUUUGAUAAGUCCGUAUCUGAUGCCAAUAUAACGCUGUUGCCGUCAGAUAGUGAGUCCAGUGGGAGGAUUCAUGCCACAAAAAAGGAACCAAGUACAAAUUUAUCACGAUCGUGUACGGAAAAGCGACGAGAGUACGUACGGAGGACAUCCACACUGUAUGGGACGCUCCAUCGAAAGGAAUCAAGUGAUGGUGCAGUAGUAGCGCCAAAACUUCCGCCACAGGAUGUGGAUCUCUUCCGGAUGUGCCUCCUUGUGGAGUUUAAUUCAAUCACAAAUACAGCCCACAUUAAGAGUCACUUUCCACCGGGUAUGAGUAUACCGCGAAAUCUUGAGCAACUUGUUUUUCCGUGUGGGAUCAAGCAGAACGAUGGACGUCCAGUGAAGGAUGGGCAGGAAUACUCAUUGAUUCUCACAAAUGACAAUGGGGAGCGUCUCUAUGGCUACUGCCGGCGGAUUUUGCCGGAAAAUAGUGAGAUUCUCCUGCCAAUGGCAUAUUGCUUGCUAACGGACACAAAAGCACCGGGAUUCUAUUUUAAACUCCUCAAGGAGAUUGAAUCUCGUCAUGGACAGACUAAAAGUCAAUUCACAAAGAUGCUAAUGGAUCUUAUGGAGCUUAAAUUGCCACCACCUGGACAGGUUCUAAGUGUUAAGCUCUCUUCUACGUCCAAUAAUUCAGGUAUUCGAAGUCAAGGAAUCUCACAGGAUUUCUCCUGCAUCUCAACAGCAACCUUCCUCAAUACAGACAUGGUCUUCCUGCGUCGUCCAUCGGAUGUACGUCUCGAGAGUAGUGAUUUGUGGCUAUUGCAUCGUACUCUCGGGUCAGAGCUCCUCUUGCACGUCUUUGGGACACUUUUGCUCGAAAGGAAAGUUGUUUUGUACAGCGAAAGUAUCUCCCUCGUGGCAUCGUGUAUCCUAGCUCUUGCGGAAAUUCUCUAUCCCUUCCAGUGGCAGUACACCCUCAUUACAGUCGUACCAUUGCGUCUCUUGGAGAUCUGUCAGGCACCCUUUCCCGUUCUCGUGGGUAGUGUGUGCGAUGUCGAUGAGAUGGUAAUUGAUGAUGGGAUUGUGGUGAAUUUGGAUGCAAAACGAAUGACUCAGUGCUGUGGGGAUGAAAUGACGCUAAUCCCGGCGAAGCUUCGGAAUUCUCUUCUGGUGUCACUUGAAAUGUACAAUGCAUUGAAUGAGGAUAAAUUCCUUCUCAGUGUCCUCAUUGCGGAGGCUUUUCUCAGAUUUUUUAUUGAAAUUUUUGAUAAUUUUCCCCACGAUACGCCAUUUCAGAAGGAAAAACUAAUAAAUUCCCACCCCAAUCCAUCCGUCCAAAUUUUUCUGGAAUGGUUUGUGGAGACAGCGAUGUUUCAUCAUUUUGUAAAGAUGCGCUACUCAGGUGGGCAGACUGAUAAGUUCUACAAGAUCUUCGAGGCAAGACUGCUGGAGAAGGGACAGGGUGAUCGUCGGAAGAUGGUUCAGAGUCUCGGUGGUAAUCGCAAAUCAAAGACACUCAGAGAGCGUUUUCGGGAGUUUUUUGAAUGAAGCGCACACAGAAGAGAGCCCCCCCCAAAAAAAUGAUCAAGUGCCUAAAUUUACUAAGAAUUUCGAGAAGAGUGGAUUUUCUUAAAAGAAAAUGAGAAAUGAUCGAGAAGAAACUUCUCAAGGUUGAUCGUAAAAAGUGCAUUUAAUUAAGCGAUUUAAGGCCUUAUUAGCUUUUAGUAGAUUCUCUCUUACUCAUCGGAACUAUUUUAUCUUAUUUUAAGUGCCUCAAUAUUGGCGAUAUUGGCUCUAUUUGAAUUAAGAAAAAAAAAUAUUGCCGAUAAGUCUGUGAAACUCAUAAAAAUAUUCAAAUCACGCACAUAAUUUCCAAAAAUCAGAGUCUAUCCAGUGAAUUAAAUUAAAUAAAAAAAACCAUCCUUAUGAUAUUUUUAAAAGGAAGUUGACAGCUUCCAUUGCAAUUGAUGUAAAGCCCUGAAAAAAAAAGAUUAGUAAAAAGCCUUUGUAAGUGCUCCUUAAACACAAGAUAUUUUUCGUGUGAUAGCUUUUCUAUAGAACAUUUCCUUUUUCGUUUUUUUUUAAAUCAUGAAAUAUUAUUUUUAAAAAUGUUUAGUUUGUAACUAACACGCCGAGUUGUGGAGUGUUUAUUAGAAUCAUGUUAGGAUGUUAUUCAUACACGUGUAGCUGUGUGAGACAGGAUUAUGACAAAUAAAAUCAGUUUUUUUUUUAAGUUUAUAAA